CACUAUUGACAUUGUCAAAAAAGUUUUAACAAAUAGAUGUCAAAUGAUUCAAAAGAAAAACAAAUGUCUUCAGAAUGUGAAAUCCCGAAUUCUAUCGACAAUAACAGCAUUUUAGAUCCCGCUUAUUUACAAAAUCAACUCACAAUUGCAAGAAAAGAAAUAAAUAACUUGCGGCAACAACUGGCCACUCUCAAUCAUGUACAUCGAAAAGAACUUGAUAGCAUCAAUAGAAAACUCACAAAUUGGCAAUGCACUUCUUGCAAAAUUAAUCAAAACGCUACUUCACAGUCAUUUCCUAUUCCAAGUCAUGAUUUUUCAACAAAUUAUAUCGCAAAAAUCAAUACGAAUUUUCCAGAAAAAAGGGGCACUCCAAGACAACCUGGCAUAUGUAAAGAUUUGGCUGCCAAACUAGUUUUAGAUAACAAUGUUUUUACUAACCCUGAACAUUCUUUACAAGGUUUACAGGAUUAUUCUCAUAUGUGGAUAUUAUUUCAUUUCCAUAAAAACGAUUCAAGUCAUUUAAAAGCAAAAAUAGCUCCACCGAGAUUAAAUGGAAUUCGAACGGGGGUAUUUGCUACCAGGUCUCCACAUAGACCUGCUCCAAUAGGAUUAUCUUUAGUUAAAAUAGACAGAAUUAUGGACAGCACUAUUUAUUUCAGUGGGGUAGAUAUGAUUAAUGAAACUCCUGUAAUAGAUAUUAAACCAUACAUUCCUCAGUAUGACAAUCCACUGUACCUAAAUUGUAGUAGUAAUAGUAAUACUGCAGAAAGUUCUCCCAGCACUUCUAGGAUUGUUGAGCAAAAUAUAGCUGAAGAUACAAACAAUAGAGCUAGAGCAAACGCUGACAUUUUAAAUGAAAGAACAAUGGAUGGUGAAGAAAAUGAAAGAAGAGAUCAAAUUGUUGGUGCUGCUGUAGUAAAUAAUGGUCAUUCAAGAACAGAAGAAGUAUUUUCCACAAGAUCAAACCCAAGAAUGGGGGAAAGGGAAGCUCCAGAUGGAGAAGAAGAAGAACCUCCAAGAAAUACUCAAGCAUCAACACCAAUUCAGCCUGCAACCACAACCACACCAGAAGGUCAUAUCAGAGUGCCAUCCUGGAUUGAUCAACCUUUAGUUCCUAGAUUAACAGUUUUAUUUAAAGAUAGAGCAUUAGCCCAACUUAGCCAAUUAGGAUCAGAGGGAGAGGAAAAGAAAACUACAAUCACAAAUGUACUUAGAGAAGAUCCAAGAUCAGUUUAUUUAAGAGAGAGAUGGGGCAGCCAUUGCUAUGUAUUUAGAAUAGCAGAUUUACAUGUUUCUUGCAAGUUCAAUGACAAUUCUCACUUAGUAACUGUUUACCAAGUUUUUCAAAAUGAUACACCUCAAGGAGAAGAUUAAUUAAUGUUAUGUCCUGAAAAUAAGAGUUGGCUUUUUAGUAGAAAACUGUAGAAAAAUACUAUUUUUCUACAAUAUGCAUCCUAAUCGAACUACUAAUAAUGAUAUCUUACAAGAUUUCUUAAUCCUAGCAAAAAUUCGCUUUCUCUUUAAUAUAUUAAUAAAGGGCGAGAGAGGCACACUGUAUAGGACAGAAUCGGACAUUUUUAAAUUAAUACAAAAUUGUUACCCAGUUUUUUUUAUAAUACUGUGUUUAAUAGUAUCUAUUUUUUUGUUAUUUUUUGUAAGUUCUAAUAAAAUAGAAUUUAAAUGUA